CGACCAGUGCGCAGCUCCUGCACGCUCCACAGCUGUACACAAGCACCUGCGACCCGCCCCCAACCCACCACGCGAGCUGCCCGCCUCGCCCGCCUCCGUCUCGCAUCCUCAUCAAACUCGCCGCCAUGAGCCAGCCCGACAAGUCCAGCUUCGAGCGCGAGCGCGACAGGCUCAUCGCAGAGAUCGCAGAUAACCUCGGCAGGUGCCUCAACAACAUCAACACGCUCAACCGCAACAUCGAGAACGUGACGUCCGUCGGCAACUUCGAGUCGGUGCACGACCUGUGGUCCCAGUUCGAGGACGUUGUCGCGCGAGGCUCGUACGACGAGGCGGUCCGACAGCCCGACUCGAUUCUCAAGGGUUCUCGGGCGCACGAAGACGCGGGCCUUUCGCCCGAAAGAGGAGAAGAGCGGGCGACGGGCGAGGAGGACUGAGGGCGGCGCGAGAGGGUUUGUACGGGUUCGAGCGCGUGCUGUUGUCAUCAUCAUUAGUCUCUCAGUC